AUGGUCGGUUUCACCGGUACCCAUCCGCCCAACCGCGAGUAUCCAGACGCAUAUGGACCGAUAAGUCUGUACAUGUACCUGCACUACACGACGUCCAAAGUUUUCGACAACAAGCCAACUAGUUUAGAAGCUUGGAAACUCCAUCAGAAACGUGAGCGCGAGCGAUUACCUGAAGCUACUGGACGGAAGCAACGAACACAGCUGGAGUUGCGGUGCAGUGACAAUGUUUGGAUGCCGCAUCCUUGGGCGGCGGCGUGCCCUGCAUCCGCAAUGAGCCUGGACACCACCCGACACUCUAAUUUAUUACGACGGUUAAUUACCUACAAGAAUCUGACUGAGCCCCCGACGUGCUAA